GAAGAAGGAGGAGGAGGAAAUGAUGGAGUAGGGACGAGGGGUGGAGAAGGUGGAAGAGGAGGAGAUGGAGGAGGAGAAGAAAGAAGAAGCGAUACAAGAGGAGUAAGAAAAAGGAGCGUGCACAUUCUCGCGCGCGAUAUUCCCGCGAAUAUACACCCGGAGCACGACGGAGUACGACCUCUCCCUUUUCUCUCUUUUUCUCUCCCUCUUUCCCUCUCGUUCUCUCGCCUUUCGUUUGAUUCUCGAUUCAUCUCACCCUCUCUUUCUCUUUCUCUUUUCUUCUGUCUCUUUCUCCCUCCUUUUCUCUGUCUCCCUCUCUUUUCGGCGUUUUCGCGCGAUCCCGCGAGACGUACGCGCGCGCGAGUGAAAUGAUUAUUUACAAAGAGUAGUUGGCCGCCGUCGCCGCGUUUCAACCGUCCACACCGUCCCGACAAAGUAUAACUCACGAGCGUCGUCGUGACGGCGUGGGAGAGAAAGAGGCCGGGAAUGAAGGAAUGACGACGACUACCGAUGUUCCCAGGCUCCGACGAAAAUCCCAUUGGUGCGAGCUGCCAAGUUGCUCACCUGGGCUGAAAGGCGACAAGUGAGUUCGUCCCGCCCAAAAACGUCUACCUGCCUGUGCCCCUCUUCUCAUCGUAUUGACCAAGAAUCUCCGAAGAGGACUGGCCGAAUCGCUGCUGCUGGAGUUGUUGUCCGUCCUGUGAAAAGAGCACUCCGUCUCUUCCCUCGCGCAGCUUCCACAGCUUUUUUCUCUGUGUCCGUGUGUGUGUGUGUAUGUGUGUGCGUGUGUGUGUGCGCGCCUCUCUUCCUUUCCGCGUCAUUGUCCGCAUCGACGAGAGCAAACUACCGCGAGAUAAGCGCGAUAAACGCGCAGUGACGCGCGGGUGUUUUCAAUGUCCGUCGUCGUCGUCGUCGUCAUCGUCGCCGUCGUCGCCGCCGCCGUCGGUGCUGGUGGUGCUCGUCGUCGUCGUCGUCGUCGUCGUCGGGCAGUUAGUGCGCCGCUCCUCUACGCGACGGCCAGCGUAGCCGUGUCGCGACGAUGAGAAGACGAGCAACGAUUCAUCCUGUCAGCCUGUGUCUCGAGCCGCGAUAGAUUCGUGGUGAUACCGGCGAAGGGAGGAUAGGACAGAUGAUCGACUGACGAGGGAGAGUGAUAACGGACACACACGGUGGAUCCUCCGCAUGCGCGCGCCGCGACGAGAAAUCGCGAGGGCAGCGAGAGUCCAAGUUGAAAGUACGCGAGAGAGGCGAGUACCCGAGAGGAAGAAAUUGCAGCGAUGUUGAUACGCCGCUGUGCCUUAGAACGCCAAUGGACAACGAACUUGUCGUCGUGAGGCAAAAACCGAGCUGACGCCUCCCUCCGCCGGAGAGCGGAACCGCCUGGCCGCGAGGACGUCAAGGAGCCGAAGCCGGAGCUGGAGCAGGAGGAAGAGGAGGAGGAGAAAGAGGAGGAAGAGGAGCCGCCGGACGUAAUCCUCGAGGCAUCGGCUCCCGCGAAUAUGAGCAUGACUCUCGUCCGAAAUUCGUUCAAAGGCCGUAGCGAGGACGACGCAGGUGUCGUGGAUACGGAGGUGGGCGGAGGUUGCGCGGGUGGUGCGCCAACCGCAGGAGGUGGAAGUGUUGCCGGCGAUGGAGGUGGCGGUGGUGGUGGUGGUGGUGGUGGUGGAGGCGGCAGCGGCGGUACGUGCGGGGGGGUGGGUGGUGGCGGCGGCGACAGCGAGGGCGGUUCAUCCGCGAAGCAGCAGCAGGGUGGCGAAAGGUGCCCUCAGUGUGGCAUCCCCUGUCGGGACGUCCGUGUCCUACAGCUUCACCUCGAGGACACGCACAAAACCUGUACCAUCGACAAGCACGAUCUCAACGCCCAGUUCUCCCAAGUGUCCUGUAAGGUGUGUAGCAAGACCUUCGCCAACGUCUACCGACUGCAGAGGCACAUGAUUAGCCAUGAUGAAAGUGCCGUUCUACGAAAGUUUAAAUGUCCACAUUGCGAGAAGGCCUUCAAGUUCAAGCAUCACCUUAAGGAACACCUGCGCAUUCACAGCGGUGAAAAGCCAUUCCAAUGUAACAAUUGCGGCAAGCGUUUCUCUCAUUCUGGAUCGUAUUCGAGCCACAUGACGGCGAAAAAGUGUUUGAUAAUGAAUCUAAAAAAGUCGAGGCAGAACACCAUAAGCAAUGUCGAUCGGGGGCAGAAAAAGGCGCAUCAGGCGUUAUCGGGACGACGUGACGUCGAUCUGCUGACAGCCAACAAUAAUACGUUUCUGCCGAUUCUGCCCAAGUUAUCACCUUCGGAGUAUCAGGAGAUACAAAGGGAGGGAACAGGUAUUUAUGACAUGCCAACUCUACUGCCUCACAUGAUGGGAUUCGGAAAUUACUUCCUGCAGUCUUCGAUAGGCAAGCUGCUGAACCAACUACACGCUAAGCGUACCUUUGAUCACAUUACCGAGCAAUUUGAGACGCCUCGGGAAGUGAUGAGUCCAUCAACAGCGGAUUCGGAAGGAACGGAGGGCACUGAGGGUAAAGAGUCUCCCGCGCCAGUAGAUCCAUUGCAGGGCCUCGAUGCGGUCCGACGAAUACUGGAAACCGUAAACACCUCCGUGACGAAACAGCUGCUUGAAGCGAAUGUACGGAAGUUAUCCACGUCUCCGGCCACAAUGAAACGCGAAUUCGAAGAGGAUUACCAGGAUCAAGAUAGCGAAAUGUCUAGUGAAAUGGCGCAUUGUCCGGACUGGAGUGCAACGGACCAAUACGACUCGCAAAGCGAAGGUUUAGCCGCGAAACUCGAGAAUGUCAAUCAACCAUCAUCGAGAUCAGUUAAGAAAAACACGGAGGAAAGUUCCGAAGUAGAUUCAGAAGAUGAAGACGAGAGCAGCCAACCUCACAACGACAACGGUAGAAGGGUCAGAGCUAGAUCGCUCAUAGAUGAUGAACAGCUUGCUGUUUUGAAAGGUUAUUAUGCCAUCAAUCCACGGCCUAAGAAAGAAGAGAUCAUAAUGAUUGCCAAUUACAUCAAUUUUCCCACUCGUGUCGUACAGGUUUGGUUUCAAAAUUCUCGUGCCAGGGAUCGAAGAGAAUCGAAAAUACCACCAGCCCUGGUACCUUUAACGCUCCCGGAGAAUCCGAUCAUUAUUGAACAGCCGUUGGAUUUGUCCAAGAAAGAAGCGCUUGUUAUAUCAGCGACCAAAGAAAGUGAAACAUUAAGUAGAAAUACUUCAUCUCCGGGCGAACAGAAGGACGAUAUUGCAACUCCAACUGACAAUGAUGAUCUCGAGGAUUCGCCUUUGGUCAUAGACGAAGAGACCGCUACUGAUCCUAUUGAAACUAAGCGUACACGUUUCAGUGAAGAGAUAAUCACAAAGAAUCAAAAUCAAGCGAACGCGAAGGGCGAGAGUGAAGUUGCACCACAAUCGGAAAUAACCCCUGCAGCAGCGGAAAACGAGCAGGGUCUUUAUUUCUGUGAUAGGUGUGAGAAAACAUUUUCCAAACACAGUUCCCUUACGAGACACAAGUAUGAACAUUCCGGGCAAAGGCCCUACAAAUGUGUGGAGUGUCCAAGAGCGUUCAAGCACAAGCAUCAUCUGACUGAACACAAACGGCUGCACAGCGGCGAAAAGCCCUUCCAGUGCUCCAAGUGCCUCAAGCGCUUCUCUCACUCCGGCUCCUACAGCCAACACAUGAAUCAUCGUUAUUCUUAUUGCAAGCCCUACAGAGAAUAGAAGUACUCCGUCUGCUCAUUUGAGGCUUGUUCGCUUACCUAGAUUAGAUCUUUUCCCAUAGACUUAUAUUGAUAGGUCAUGCCUUUCGUUGAAGGCAAGAAAUCGGAAUUAGUAAAAGAAGACAACAGAAAGUUAGAUGCUUUCUUUGUUCAAUUGUGAAGUUGGUGAGGAGAAAAGAAAGAGGAGAAGUGGUUGCUUUUUUCACUCUUAGAAAGAGAUGCACAUUAUCUUCUCUCUCUCCAACUUUUAUUUGUAUGAAUUACCAUUUACCUCAUACUCCUUUACUGACAACUUUCAAUUUUCUUAUAAAACCGAUACCCACAUAUAAGGGAUGAAGGUCAACGAAUUGAUUAUUUGAACAUACGGAGAUCACUUUUAUUCUUAUGUUUUUUUAAAUUUUUUUCUUCUUAAAGCAUUGUGUGACAGAGAGCACAUGUGAUGACAUGUCUCUGUCCUUCAAUGUUGUCAGCAAUAAAUUCUCAGAUAACCAAAUUUAUUAAAAAUAGAUUUUGCAAAAUGUCUGCUACAAAUUUUAUUAGUAGAAUGACAACAUAAAACGAACAAAAUCUUCAAUCAUUUUCCUCAUAUGCUAUGUUUUUUUCAACUCAUUUUUUUCUUCCAUAUCACGCCAUUUUUCUAGUGCGUUCCAAUCUUCGAUUUUUUUCUAUACGUCCUUCUAUAACUCCUUUGUCUCUUUCUUGCUAAUGUUUCCCUUAAUCAUAUCGAUUAUGAUUUAUUCAAUGUUUGAUUAUUACACUGUUUUGAUUGACACUGGUAAACGAAGUCUCAAAUAUAGAACUUGUGAUAUAUGCACAAAAUAGAUUUUUCAAAUUAAGAUGAAUGUUACCCAGUAAAUAUUAAUUAACAGUAACAUAACGUCAAUAUUAUAAUUUCACACUCAACAAUAUAAAUGUAAUAUUUCACACAGCACAUUAUUCGACGUCUUCUGGAGGUCUGUGCUGUAUGGGACGUAUGUACAUAACAGUUAAAUACAUUGUUGAGUAUAUAAUUAUAAUAUUGAUACUGUAUUAAUUGGUUUUUACUCGGAACAUAUUUCAAUAAUUGAUGAUUUAAAGACUCAACGAAUUUUGUGAGUCGCUUAAUAUUUCUUAUUUUACACAAAAAUUUGAGGUUUUCUAGCAAGGCAUUCUAUCUAAAUAAUGUCUUCCCCUCUUUUCUCAGUUUUCUGCCAAUACUAUUACUAUUCACGUUUUACUUAUUGUAUCUCAUUUAAAUAGUUACGAAAUUACAAAUUUUGCUCGUUAUAUGUUGUCAAAUUUAUAUCGACAGGCUCUGCUGGCAUGAGUUUAAUACUGACGCGGUAUUCUUGAAUUUGCUGGCAAACUGCUUACAUAUUAUUGACAUUUUGCAUAUUGCUAACUGUACUUUCUUCUUACGUUUAGAAUUUUUCUCUAUUAUGUGUGAGUUUAUCCUCCAAGAAUCUCAUUUCAUGAGAAAAACGUUCGAAAGCCUUUAUACCUUCCUUUCGCGGUAUGAACUUUAAGAAACGCCGCGAUGUUUCGUGAAGCUAUAAGUAUAACAAUAUAUAGCUAAGAUGCUGCGCGACAUCACAUUAUAAAGCCAUGGCGUUAUUGCUCGUCGGUUCGUACUUUAAAAAGAAAAGAAAAAUAUAAAUAACGGUUUAGGCGAUGCAAUUCGGAAAAAUUAGAUGUCAAAAUGUAUAUUACAUCUCGUAAUUGAAAUAAGAGAUGUAUCGUUUCAUCUUGUAUCGUCUGAACUAGCUUUAGAGAUUUUACUAAUUUUAUUUUAGAACUUGUGUAAAAAAAAAUGAAAACCGGUGAAUGCACACACAAGCGAAAAAGAAAAUUACGCGGCAAGCGCGUCGACAAAAAGCCAAACGCAUGUAAAAGGUACCAAAGCAUAAUGCAAUAAUCUAUUAUAUAUAUAAUAUAAUAUACAUAAUAUUUUAGUAUUUUUAUUAACAAAAUAUUAUAUAUAUACCAUGACAAUAAUAAGGAAACUAAUUAAUGUACAAAUUUGUUAGCUACGUCCGCAUGAGAAGCGCGAUAUCCAUUCGCAACAAAGAUAAUAUAUAUAUAUGAGCUAGAUUCGAUCGAAACGAAUAGAAAGAAAAGUUUUUAAACAAUUAAUCUCCGCGAAGCGACGUGUUGCGUAUCUCGACAAAUAAUUUCCAAAACUCAGGUUCAAUGAUAAUUUGAAUAUAAGAAUGGAGAUCGCGCGCGCGCAUAGUAUAUAACGAAUAUACUCGUUCUACGCGAGUAAAGAUGGAUAUAUUGAGUUUUACCGAAUCAAAUAUGUCUGGGGUACAGCUGUUAAUUGAGCUUAACAUUAAGGAAUUUUGUCGAUUGUAAAGACGGAGAUUAGAAUCUCAUGUUCCACUUCCUUACAAUGAAUAACUUUACUCGAAGAAAACAGGCUAUAUUAUUAUAUUAUUCUACAUUAUAUGUAUAGAACGAAGGAAAAGGAAAGAGAGGAAGAGCGAAAUGGGCGAGUUUGGAUUUAUGAGGGCCAUGCGGGUCGCGGUGAUCGAUGUCAUGCGAGAUCAUUUUUGUUUUACUAUUGUACUUACAAGGUGACAAGCUGAUGACACGUUAUUCCUAUAAUGCAUAACGUGAUUAUUGUUCGAGACGAUGAGAAAUAUAGUACGUCGUGAAAUGCGUUACACAUUCCGCGAGGAUCCGUUUCUCAGGGCCUCCUCAUUUUAUUUAUCACUUUUUCUUGCAACGAAUAGCACUGCGUGGCACCUUUCAUCAGAACCCUGACCUCGCUCUUGCCAGAUAGGAGAAGUAGUCUCACGGAACAUGCGACACGUGCGUUUUGCGUGAAUGGAGAUUAGUUGGGAAACUAGAUUUCGAUGUGAUCGAAUAAUGCAGAAAUUUGAAAGAACGUAUCUAAAAGAUGAUAAAAAAGAUGCUCGAAACGUGUUCGGGCUGUCUUUGCGUCUUUUAUGUACGUUCGCAUUAUAUGGAAAGGUGCAACGCGAAGAAACACGAAACGUGCACCGAAACCUCGCAAUAAUCUCUUCACCGAAAUCCGAGGCCCGAAAAUAAUCGUAACACCUAAGUAUGAUAUUAAAUGCUUCCAAUAUUGUACUAUUAUAAAAUUAUAUUACGACGUUUAUAUGAUUUUAUUCGUUCGAACGCGUAGAGAGAUAAGGACGUAUAUUAUAUAUUAUAUACUCUACAGAUUGAUAAUACUCGAAAAUGUAUUUUAUAACAGUUUAUGCGUCUUUUUAUUUACACGAGUACUACAAGUGAUAAGUGAUAUUGUUAUUGAUAAAAAAAAAGAAAAUAACGGGAAGAAAGAUGAGAUACAGAUAUUACCGUAUUAUUGAAAUUUUGUGCCAGUGUGUGUGUGUGCGGCAUACGGCAAACCGGUACGUCACGGUUGUACUUCCUCGACAUUUCGUGCGUGUAGAAGCUUCGGUUAUCCGCGACAGGCAUCGUGUUUACCACUACCACUAUGCGAAAGAAGAAAAAGGAAAGAAAGAUAAAAAAAUGUGCAGAUAUAAAUGCUUAUAAUACUCAUUUAUUAUAGUGUUAAUGAUUAAGAAAUAUAUUUUUAUAUAAUUAUAAUGUAAUAUUAUAUACGCGGACACACGCGUGACACAGUACACUAAUCGAUCAAGCGAGUGAUUCCGGCUGCGACGGGUCUCCUCCUUACAUCCGACACAGGCGCAUAGAAUUGUCGUAACUUCUCUUUAUCGAUGCGAACCGUUCUCGCUCGUGUCCCCAUUCAUUUUUAAUCUGCAAUCCGCAACGAGUGAUUCUCAAUCGCAUUUCACUUAGUUACAAGCGACAAGUCGUUCCUAACUGUAUCCACUCGUUAAUUAUUUAGCGUGUUUUCUUUCUAUUUUUGUUGCUCGACGUUUUUUUUAUCUUUCUUUUUUUAAUUUUUUAACGCAAGUUCUUUACUUUCUUUAGAGAAAAGAGAAAGAGUCUCUUGUUUGUAAUUUUUGCGUCUCAUUUCUCUUAGAUUAAGUAUUCAAUAUUCGAGUCAUUUUAUUUUGUACUUGCAUCCAAGAAUUGAAGGUGAUAUAAUUUUGUUGAAUUUAACAAAGUUCUGAGCUCAAUGAAGCUGUGUCGUUUCCCUAAUUAAUGUUCUUCACUUUUUAAAUGACUUUACGACCAACAACGGGUUAGGACAUCAGGAGGGAAAGGCAGAAAACUUACGAAGACAAUAUUAUAUACGUAUAGAUAAUAUAUUAUAUAUAUAAAGUAUAUAUUAUAUAUUUCCUCUGAUUCGGGAGCUUUUGCGACCCGCUUGCCUCAAUAUAUGUACGUACUAUUAAAUAACGAAAAGAAAAAAGUUAAAGCGUAAUAUAAAUCGCGCCAGCUUUUGUGCAUCGAUUAUCUCCUGAAAACGAAUAAUAACGAGAUAAAAAAGCAAAGACAACAGCGAAGUAUAAAAUAACUGAAAAUAAAAAUAAUAAGCGGGAAAGGAAAAGAUAAAAGCGGUGAAAAUUGUUAUGAUUGUUGAAGCAACGAUUUAAUAAGCACCAUACGAUGCCUUCCGUGAACGACCGAGCUUGCCUAGUUGCCAAGAUAAACGAAAAAUUACCUAAAUGUUAGCGCGACAUUGUCGUCGAGAGCCGAGUCACCUUCACGAUCCUCCUUGAUUAAAUUAUGCUUGCCAUCUUUUGUUAUUUUCAUUCUGUAAAUCGGUAAUCGCAACGGAUAAAAUUUAUGAUAAGUAUAGUGGAAUAAAAGACAGAGCGGAACAUAUCCGCUCUCCUGUCCCUCCAUCCCUCUAUCCUCUGCGAAGCAGAUCGUUGAAUCGAUUAUACAAGGAGUAUCGCGAAGCGCACGGAUUUUCAGACUUAUUGUACUCAAUGAAUACUACAUGGUCACGCCAUUGAGCUUUUCAUUGAUUUAUUAUAUUAUAUGAAUAC